AUGAUAGGCUUCAACGGCUCGGUUCAGGGCUAUUUUCGAAGCACUAGAGGGCUUCGUCAGGGGGAUCCACUCUCCCCUUAUCUCUUUGUUGCUGCUAUGAACUGCCUAAGUCUAAUGCUGGACAGAGCGGCCGCUGAAGGUAGAGUUGGGUAUCAUCAUCAUUGCAGAGAAGCUAAACUGACCCACCUAUGCUUCGCUGAUGAUCUCCUCCUAUUCUGCGAUGGCUCUCUGGACUCGGUGAAGACUGUUAUGGAUGUUUUACAGCAAUUUGCUGAAGUCUCUUGUCUCAAAGUCAGCAUUGCCAAAUCUUCCUUCUUCUCUUGUGGCCUGUCAGAAGAUGAAGCAAACAGAAUCAGUCAAGAAACGGGACUGAGCCAGGGACAACUACCAGUGCGCUACUUAGGGGUUCCUUUGGUUACAAGGAAGCUAUCUAUGUCAAAUUGCGAGCCUCUAAUUCAACAGGGUUCAACAGAAGGUCACCACUCCGCUAGAGUUUCUUGGGACACUGUCAUUCUACCUAAGUCAGAGGGAGGAUUGGGUAUAAAGGACUUACACCAUUGGAAUAAGGCAUGCUCGAUCAAGCUUAUCUGGCUACUGUUCUUCAGAUCAGGGUCCAUAUGGGUCGCUUGGUUCUCAAAGACUAUUUUGCAAAGCUGCACUAGCAAUUUCUGGAUAAUUAAGGAAAAACAGAGCCAUUCUCAUACAGUGAAGAAGCUAAUUCGAGUAAGGGACCUUGCUUACCCGUGGAUUAAGGUCAAAGUUGGGAAUGGAAGAACCACUCGGUUCUGGGUGGAUAAUUGGUCUCCAUUUGGCAACUUGAGAACCUUCCUCAACCUAAGCCAAUCAUCUACUCUUGGAACUCGAGCAACUGCUACAAUAGAUGAUCUGUGCAGAGAAGGGAUUUGGUCUCUCCCAUCCCCACGCUCAGAGCAACAGCUAUCUCUUCAUGCCCACUUGACCACGAUCAACCUAUCAGAAGAAGAAGAUACCAUUUUUUGGAUGCCGCAAGGUAAAAAACUAUCGACCUUCUCUACUGGUAUGAUCUAUGAUCUUCUAAGGGAACACAAACCUCAAGUUCUUUGGCACAAGGCGGUUUGGACCUCUAGAGGAAUCCCGAAACAAAAUUUCCUCACUUGGUUGGUGCAUCUCAAUCGUUGUCCGACGAAAGACAGAAUCGUUGGCUGGGGAUUGCAAACUGAUCCUAGGUGCGUCCUGUGUAACAUGGUCCUGGAGACAAGAGACCACCUCUUCUUCGACUGUAACUUCUCCUUCUCGACUUGGAGCGCCCUAGCAACAAAGGCAAGAACACCGCAGAUUCGCCAGUGGAACCAGGUCGUCAACUACAUGCAGUCUAUCCAGGCUGCUAAACACAUUCGACUGCUACAACUCCUCGCUUGGCAGACGGCGGUCUACUUCAUCUGGACAGAACGAAACAGUCGAAUUCAUAGAGGGAGCUUCAGAAGCGUCGACUCGAUCACGUCUGUUGCCUCAUCGUUGAUAAAGAACAAGAUCUCCAGCCUUCGUAACUCCAGCCCCCAACUCUCUUCCUCAAUGAUCCAAAUUUGGCUCUCUGAUUGA